AUGGCUACGUCAUUGAAAACGCGGAAAGGAGUUUUAACCAGGCAUUCUAACUCCCUAUCGCAAGCAUUGGCGAGACAUGCGACUUUAGGGGAAAACGUAGGUCUAGAGGAUCAGGGAGCAUAUAGAACUAUACUGAAUGAGAUCGAAAAGGCUGAAAUGGAGAUUAAAUCACUCCAAGACAUCUUUGAUAGAGCGCUUUUUGCAUUUACCGAAACAGUGGACAACCUAAAGGAACCUCUCACUGAAGAGGAAGAGGCGAAAGUUUCGGAGUAUAUAAGUGGCGCUCAGGAACUCAUCUCUCAAUCCACAUCCCUGCUCAUCAAACUGGAGAUUAACAAGGAGCAGUUGACAUCUAGUACCCAAUGA